GAGGGGCAGGGUGCGUCAGUGCGGGGGGAACCGCAUUCCAGAGUGGGCGGCAUCCUGGAAUGCGAUCCCCCCGGUAACAAGAAUUCGCCGAGCCAGCGAGUCCCUAACGACGACGACUGCGCCGACGGAAGCGCUCACACUGUGAUUCCGCACGAUUGUAACGGAGGCGGGGGGACACCGAUUGCCGGCGAUAACGGCCCUCUAUGUCGAUAUGCUAUCGGCACUGCGCAUACCGCUAUGUCUUUUAUCGAAGUUUGCCAGAUUCGACUCCAGCACCUCUUCCCGCAGCUGGUCUCGUCCUCGCGGUAUAGAUCCUACGAGGACUCCAUAGAACUGACUGCAGAACGAUUGGCGAACGAUGUGAUACGGUAUCUACUGAAGGAGGAUAUAUAUCUGAUAUCUCAAAAUCCAGUUUCCCGCAGCAUGAGACACAAUGUAUAUCAGAUGUUGAACAAGCACAGUAUCCUCUUCGCUAGUAUGGUAAAUCGUCUGAACGUUAUGCCGGACACGGCUUACGAAGCGUUCAUGGGUGUUGCCGACGAAUUGUUCUUGCACGGUGGAGUUACAUGGGCGAGGAUUAUUUGUCUGUAUGCGUUCACGGGCAGACUCGCUCUGUGGGCCCGGGACAGACGGAUGCACGCUUUGAAGAAAAAAUUACCUCUUUACGUUUCGAGAUUUAUUGGCGAGAAAGUUGCGGAUUUCAUCAAAGUAUACGGAGGAUGGGAGCAACUGUGCAUAGAAUAUCCUGUGGCCGAAGAGAUAAGUGGAGCGAUUUGGAAAUGUCUCAUAGUAACAGGUGCUACGCUUGGUGUGGCUGCAAUCAUCUUGACAGGUACGUUUUGCGUGAGAUCUUCCAAUGGUACUUAUUUCUUAUCAAAAUAUAUUGAGAAACAAUUUCUGGAAGUUUACACAAGAUCUUUAAUAUUGGCACGAAGAGUGAAAUUGUGUGAUCCAAAAGACAGCUUACAUCUUAUGGAA